AAAUAAAGGGACAACUGAAGCCCCAAGAGUUACAGUUCUGACAUUCCAGGCUCGGAGCCCCGGGCCCGCCGACACCAUGAGUUGGUCCUUGCACCCUCCGAGUGUAAUCUUCUACAUUCUUUCAUUGCUUUCUUCAGCAUGCCUGGCAUAUGUUGCUACCCGAGACAACUGCUGCAUCUUAGAUGAAAGAUUUGGUAGUUAUUGCCCAACUACGUGUGGAAUUGCAGAUUUCCUGAAUAGUUACCAAACCAGUGUAGACAAAGAUCUACGAACUUUGGAAGGCAUCUUAUAUCAGGUUGAGAACAAAACAUCAGAAGCCAGAGAGCUGGUCAAAGCAAUCCAAAUCAGCUAUAACCCUGAUGAACCAUCAAAGCCAAGUAACAUAGAGAGUGCUACCAAGAAUUCCAGGAGGAUGAUGGAAGAAAUUAUGAAAUAUGAAACACUGAUAUCAACACACGAAACAACAAUUCGAUUUUUGCAAGAAAUGUAUAACUCAAAUGAUCAAAAAAUCAUUAACCUAAAACAGAAAGUGGGCCAGCUUGAAGAAAAGUGUCAAGAGCCUUGUCAAGAUACAGUGAAAAUACAUGAUGUAACUGGGAGAGAUUGCCAAGAUGUUGCCAAUAAGGGGGCCAAAGAGAGUGGACUUUACUUUAUCAGACCUCUGAAAGCUAAGCAGCAGUUCUUAGUCUACUGUGAAAUUGAUGGGUCUGGAAAUGGAUGGACUGUGUUUCAGAAGAGGCUUGAUGGCAGUCUGGAUUUCAAGAAAAACUGGAUUCAAUAUAAAGAAGGGUUUGGACAUCUGUCUCCUAAUGGAAACACAGAAUUUUGGCUGGGAAAUGAGAAGAUUCAUUUGAUAAGCACACAGUCUACCAUCCCUUAUGUAUUAAGAAUACAGUUGGAGGACUGGAAUGGCAGAACCAGCACUGCAGAUUAUGCUUCAUUCAAGGUGACAGGUGAAAAUGACAAAUACCGCCUGACAUAUGCUUACUUCAUUGGUGGAGAUGCUGGAGAUGCGUUUGAUGGCUACGAUUUUGGCGAUGAUUCUAGUGACAAGUUUUUCACCUCCCAUAAUGGCAUGCAGUUCAGCACUUGGGACAGUGACAAUGAUAAGUAUGAUGGCAACUGUGCCGAACAGGAUGGAUCUGGUUGGUGGAUGAACAAAUGUCACGCUGGCCACCUCAAUGGAGUUUAUUAUCAAGGUGGUACUUACUCAAAAACAUCUACCCCUAAUGGUUAUGAUAAUGGCAUUAUUUGGGCCACCUGGAAAUCCCGGUGGUAUUCCAUGAAGAAAACCACCAUGAAGAUAAUCCCACUUAACAGACUUGCCAUUGGAGAAGGACAGCAGCACCAUCUGGGGGGAGCCAAACAGGUCGGAGUAGAACAUCACGUUGAAAUAGAAUAUGACUAAGUCAUUUUGCCCUGAGCUGUUCAUUCUGUUAACCCACAAAGUUUCAGAAACUUUCCUGAAAUUUUCUUCUCAUUUUCUCUUACCAUAUUUAUUAAUUUUAAGUCUUUCUUUAAGGAUAUUUAGCCCUGAAUGGCAAUUAAAACUCACUUUGGACUGUAUUCCCAAGUUACUAAACAGAGUUAUUAUAAAUUUGUCUAUUUGAUGAGAUAAUAUUUUAGCUUAUUUCCUAAAUAUAUAAUAAAUUCAUUGUGAUUUUUGCAUUUUUUGAUAUUUUGCAUUUUAAUGAUCACACAUAAUUGGGUCUUGGUGAUUUUUUAAAUUAUUUUAAAAAUAGUUUAGUAUAUACUAAUAUAACAGGAGCAGACUUUAGGAAUUCAAAUGCCUAGGUAUUUCAUACCUCUAAAUCAUUCCUAUUUAAUUAUUCUUUUUUAAUGGAGAUAAUUAUAUCUUUUUAAUGUAUUUUUUGUUUCGAUCAUAGGCUGGAGACGUAUAAAAGACCAUUUCAAAAGUGAUUUACUUUUUUAAAGAACUUUAUCU